UAUAAUAGAAAACCAAAAAAUCGAUUUUUUUUUUUCUUUUCAUAGAAAAAUUAUCAUUCAAAACGUAGAAGCAAAUCAUAGCACAACAAAAUAUUUACAAAAGAAAAAACGAGAACGCAGUAGACAGUCGUGAAAAAAGUAUUGAAAUUAAAAUAUAUAUUUUGUGAAAAAAAUUAAUUAAAAAUGAAAUUCCAAUAUAAAGAAGAACAUGUUUUUGAGAAACGUCGUGCUGAGGGAGAUAAAAUUCGCAGAAAAUAUCCUGAUCGUGUACCAGUUAUUGUAGAAAAAGCCCCUAAAGCACGCAUUGGUGAUUUGGAUAAGAAAAAAUAUUUAGUACCAUCCGAUUUGACCGUAGGACAAUUCUAUUUCUUAAUUCGUAAACGCAUACAAUUGAGACCCGAAGAUGCUCUAUUCUUCUUCGUUAAUAAUGUUAUUCCACCAACAUCUGCCACCAUGGGUUCCUUGUACCAGGAACAUCAUGAGGAAGACUAUUUCCUUUACAUAGCCUAUUCCGAUGAGAAUGUUUAUGGUAAACGCUAAAGCAUUUAGCUUCACUUUGUGUGUAAUGUGAUCGAUAUAUAAAUUUGAAAGAGAGAAAAAAACAAAAUUUUGAAAUUCUUAACAAGGCUUUUGUGCACGUACGUUAAUGAGUAAAACAACAUCUAAGUUUAAUUUUAAUCUUAAAAAAAUUAUAUAACAAGAAAAUAUUGAAAAAAAUCUAAAAA